AUGUGGAGCAUACAAAGCAUCAGUCACACAGAUCCUCAUUCGGAUUUCUGGAUAUUUAAAGUUCACCCGAUUCACUUCAAGUGCUCUAGACCUCAGAACCAGACGGCAGUGAUGAAGAAGAGCUUCUCUUCCUCUUCAGCUGAGGACGACGGGGCCAGUCUCUGGGAAAGUGCCUCCAUUUCUGCCUCUGCCCCCCCGGAUGAAUACGAACACCCUUAUGCUUCUAUGCUGUGCUGCCACAGCGUCCAAGACUCCCUGCUGAGCUCCAACAGCAGCUUCACAGGAUACAGAGGCGUCCUCAACUGGAUCAUCAUCCUCCUGGUCCUGACUCAUGCUCACCUGUUCUUAGAGAAUUUCAUACAACAUGGCUUUUUGAUAGAUGGCAAAAAGGUUUUGGGUCAUCUGAUCGAAGACAACUGCAACUGGCCAUCGGUGAACCUCAUCCUGGCUGCCAACGUUUUUGCCCUGACAGCUCUGUACUUGGAGAAGUCUCAGGAAAAGGGAGCGCUCUCUCUCUCCGUUGGCCGUGGCUUGCAUCGCAUCAAUCUGGGGCUGGUCGUGCUGUUUCCUGCUGCCGUCAUUGUACACGAACCCAGAAUAUCAACAGGUGGAGCGUACUUCUUUCUUUGGUUCUACGCCAUUCUGGGGUUCAAGCUUUAUUCAUACCAGGAAACCAACCGCUGGUACCGUCUGGCUCAUUCAGAAAAAGACGGAUGUGUUGCACAUGAAGGCCACAAUGAGCAUCUGACUCUGAGAGAUCUGUAUUAUUUCUUACUUGCCCCCACUUUGUGCUACCAGAGAAGCUUCCCCCGGACUCCGAAGGUCCGCAUCAAUAAUUUGCUGCACAGGCUGCUGGAAAUGGUGGUUGUUAUCCAGAUUAUGGUGGGCAUUGUGCAGCAGUGGAUUGAGCCAAUCUUCCAGAGAUCAGAAAACUCAUUCGCUAGUAUGGACGUCACCUCAAGAGUGGACCACCUAGUCGACUUGGUGGCACCGGCCCACUUCCUCUGGCUCCUCUUCUCCUUUUUGAGCCACUCCUUCCUGAACUUCUGUGCAGAGCUGCUUUGCUUUGGCGAUCGGCAUUUUUACGGAGACUGGUGGAACGCUACAACUUUGAGGAGUUUCUGGAAUAAUUGGAAUAUCCCCCUUCAGAAAUGGAGUCACAGGCACGUGUACAAACAGUUGGUGGCAUGGAAUAUCCCCCCAUCACUGGCUGAGUUGGCAGUCUUCCUGAUGUCUGCGGCUCUCUGUGAGUUCAUGAUCGCUCUGCCCCUUCGCAGCUGUCGUCUGUGGAUCCUUCUCAUGAUGCUUAUUGGGCUCCUGGUUGAAGUCUUCCUCGGAGGCUACUUCCAGGGAAACUAUGGCAACGGUUUGGUCUGGCUGUGCCUUCUCCUCGGCCCUCCUCUGGCCGUGACCACCUACUUUCACGACCACUACAUCAGAGCCAUGGCCAAAGCCUCGCCACAAACGGCCGAGAUCCCCCCUCCGCUUCGCUGAUGAGUGGAAAAAACCCUGAAAGAUUCCCGUGACCCUGUUAUAUUAUAUCUGAGGAUGACUUUGCUGAAGGGGAACAGAGCACACCUGCUAACGGCUGCGCUCCUGUUGGCUCAUUAACGGGCCGUCUCCAUCUAGUGCUGCUGCUGUGUACAACCCAAUAAUAUGCAUCCAUAAUAAACUGC